AUGCUUGUGUUAAAAUUUAUUUCCUUUACUUCUUCUCUAUCCAUUGUUCACAUCCCCUAUACAUUUUUUCCUUCAGAAUCUCCCAAGGAUGAGAGCCCGUCCGCGAAAACGAGCCGGGCCCCCUCGACUAAACUGCCGUCGAACCCUGAAGAAGUGGAGGACUUGCGCCGGUCAACAGCUGCCAACCCGCUCGUCGCUUUCACAUUCGACGAGAUAAAGACAAUGACUCAGAAUUUCAGACAGGAUUACAUGGUUGGUGGAGGAGGUUUCGGCAGCGUCUACAAGGGCUAUAUUUCUGAGGAUUUAAGACAGGGGCUGCAGCCGAGCCCCGUGGCCGUUAAGGUUCACGAUGGAGAUGAUAGCUAUCAAGGUCAUAGGGAAUGGUUGGCUGAGGUGAUAUUUCUGGGCCAACUUUCUCAUCCUAAUUUGGUGAAGUUAAUUGGGUACUGCUGUGAGGACGAGCAUCGAGUUUUGAUAUACGAGUACAUGUCAAGAGGUAGCGUCGAAAACAAUCUGUUCUCGAGAGUGUUUGUUCCCCUGCCUUGGUUCACCAGAAUGAAAAUCGCAUACGGUGCGGCAAAAGGACUCGCUUUCCUGCACGAAGCUGAGAAACCCGUCAUCUACCGUGAUUUCAAGACGUCAAACAUUUUGUUGGACCAGGACUACAAUGCAAAGCUUUCCGAUUUUGGACUAGCCAAAGAUGGACCGGUGGGGGACAAGUCCCAUGUUUCUACACGUAUUAUGGGGACCUACGGGUAUGCCGCACCAGAAUACAUAAUGACAGGCCACUUGACACCGAGGAGCGAUGUGUACAGCUUUGGAGUGGUUCUGCUGGAAAUCUUAACAGGGAGGAAAUCACUGGAUAAAUCGAGGCCGGCCCGGGAGCAGAACCUCACAGACUGGGCAGUGCCAUUGGUGAGAGAGAAGAAGAAAGUGCUGAGCAUUGUGGACCCACGGCUUGAAGGGGACUACCCUGUGAAAGGCUUCCACAAGGCUGCCAUGCUUGCGUACCACUGUCUGAAUCGCAACCCGAAAGCGAGGCCUCUAAUGAGGGACAUUGUUGACUCGUUGGAGCCUCUCCAGCUCUCGUCCGAGACCGAGACCAUCACAUCUUGA